CAUGUGGUGUCAUAGGGUCGAUACCCGGCACUGGGCGUAUGUACUGCGAAAUAAAUAACACAGCACAAGUUAGACAUGAUGAUUUCACUUUAUAAGCUUUUUCAUGCGCCCAUAGAGCACUCUUUCAAGCCACACAAGGACGAGAACAGUCAAGCGAAAGAAAUAUCCAAGUAGAACAUCCGCAUUCUCAAGGACAAUUCAAAGGAGAAGACUAUCAUCGCCAGCGUAAUCCUCUCAACCUUCACGCUUCUAGUGCUCUGACUAUUAAGCCGUUUAGUACAGAAUACAGCUUCUUACACUUCAUUCCUCCAUCAACAAACUACAGGUGCCAGGUACAGUAUACUUUGCACAGCGUUCUGUUAAUUUAAACCAUUCUCGAGCUGUUUUUUUGCCUUUACAGUAACAGGUGCUUGUAGUGUUCAAUUUCAAUUUCAAUAUGCCUAAUUGCACGUACCUACGCAUAUGCGCUAUUCGUAAUGCCGAGUUUAGACCUCGAACUUUGUUAAAGGAUUUUUUGUACCCAAUUUUUAAUUGUUAAGGUCUAAUCUUGCAAUAAUUUUUUUUUUCUUUCCAAAAACGCAAAAACGAGAGUUCAUAAUUUGCUAUACAACGGAUAACCACAGUUAUCUAGCCAAGCUUUAUUUCAGUUCCGUUGUUUCGUUAUUCCUAAGGAAGUAAUUUAAAUGUAUCGGCCUUCACUUUCGUAUUUUGGAUGCGUGAAAAAUAGAGAAAAAAGAAAUAAAGCAGACCUUGCCAGUUAUCUUACAAAGGUCUUGAAGAGCGAAUUUAUUGGAAAAUCUCCCAAGAAAAUUUGAUAAUCCGUAAAUUCCAAAACAGGUGUCGUCUUUCUUGUGCAUGUGCCCAAGAAUUAUGCGUGCAAUUAUCUUCCCUUAUUCAGAGGAAAAAGAGAUUUUCUUUAGCUUUUGCUAAAAACGUUUGUUUAUUUCAGAAUAAACUGAAGCAAAGCUACUUCCCCUGAACCGAAGCCUCAAGUAGGUUGCCAUGGGAACAACAAUGAGCUCCGUAGGUUUGGCCAAUAAACCACCCGCAUUGCCACCUGUUAAACAAAAUAAUAACACGGUUUGUAAAUUAGUAUUAUUUUCAUUAACUUAUUCAGGUUUGAAUUGUUUUAAUUUUAUUUACCAGCACUGAAGACCUUAUUGCUAUUCAUAAGUUAAAGUGAUACUUGAAAGAGACUAACAAUUCCGCAAGCCUUCAGGAGGCAAUCGAGUCACCUUUGCCUGUUUUUAGGAAACUUCGGGUUGGGUUCAGCUAUCACAGAAUCCAUGUAAUGAUUACCCUAAGCUACGAUCAGGCUAUCUUUUUCAUUUCACUCUUUUAUUCGGGGAACAGCGAUGGGCAAGGGGAGAGAAAUCUCAAUUUUGUUGAGCACACUUUACAAUCGAGAUCUUGGGGUAAAAACAAGCAAGCGCAAGGAGUGGCAAAACAAGUUUAACCGAUCAUAUAUAGCUCAGUCUGAAUCCACCAUUGAUCACGUGAUUAGUUUAACACACAGCUUAUUCUAUACUCCUGGGACCAGGCUACGCUGUGGGGAAAAAUUGGCGAAAAACUGAGGGAAACGACAUUAAACUUUCGCGAGGCGAGUGGUAGACUGGAAAGGGGGAAAGGGCGGUGGCUCACUUGCCGAUUUUUUUUUUAAUUUUUUUUGUCUUUAAUCCCAACUGCGGAGCCUGGUCCCAGGCUACUCAUCAUUCUGAAUCUGCCCAAGAUCACGUGAUAGUCUUAAAAACUCGACUAUCUAGGCGGUCACUUUUAUUUUUAUUAUCGUUUUUUCAUUUUAACCAUUCUCUUCUCGGGUCCGGUUUUUACGAAACUAAAAAACAUUUUUCAAAAAAAUUAAAAGAAAGGAAUUACAAUAAUUCCUUUUCCUUGAAACUAACCUCAAGAAAGAAUAGGGGCAGUGUAACUUAUUUUAUUUUAUUUUUACCCAGAACUGUAAUAGAACUAAUCAUCAACUUAGAAGCUGCUGUUGACCGACAAUUGAUGAUAAUAAGCAAUACGUGAACUAUACUACCGUUGAUUAAUUAGGCUCUAUAUUAUUUUUAACAUUUUUAUCAAUAUUUUUAGUUCGCCUGGUUUCUUUAAGCUUUUGAUAUCUUUCAAAGCUGAACAUUGUUUCCCCGUCUUGAAUUGUUUGUUAAUGCUUGUUCUGUAGUUUUCAUGUGUUUCAGCUUUUCUGUCUUUGUUCACUCUGUAACUGACUGACAGAACCCUGACAGCAGAAGAAAACAGCAACAGUUUAACAGUAUGGACUGUUUUUACAAGUGUGUUGUAACGUAUUUAUGUCUGUCUGUGUCUAUUUUGAUGUUUAUGUAAAUCUUUUAAAAGGUAAGUUCGCUAUUAUGAUUUCAAUACAGAGGAUUUGCACACCGCUGAUUUUAAGCCCAAUAUAGAAGAAAUAGACCUACUAAAGCAUGCAGGCCUGCCAGUGAUACAUGCGAGAAAGUGUCCCUGAUGGGAUAAAAAGCUUCCAGAACACACACUCAUCUCUCUAUUUUUGAAUCUCCCAUAAUGCACUUUGUUUCUCACUCCAAUUGUUUACAUAAUUAAACUAAGUAUUGUUUCCAAAAGCUUCAGAGAGGAAUACUCUCGAAGAGCAUUAAUUUGAAACAACAACCUAAAAAGCAAAAUAUAUUGGGGUCAAACAGAGUGUAUUAUGGGGGAUUUGAAAAUAGUAAAUUUGCUCUCUUUACAAAAUGACAUAUAAUAUUUCAGGUAGCAAACUUCAGUAGUAAGUACAAUAAAAGAUAUGAGCGUGGAUAUUUCGUUCUUACCAGGUACAGGUGACAGUCCAAUCUCCACCAGAUUAUAAGUUCGAGCAUUUUACCAAACUCUGCCAGCAUUAUCAAGAACAGAAGAAAAUCUUCCAGGUACUGUAAUAACAGAUUUCUUGAUAACUAAACAAAUACUAGAUAUUGACUUGUUUCUUCUUUAAAUUUACUGUUUAUUUUUUAUCUCUUUUCUCUUUUUCCGUUUCUUUUCUGAGAGCGCGGACGGUUUAUUUACUGAAAUUGUAUCGACGCGCUCAGAAUAAGGAUGCUAACAACCACGUAUACUAAGUAAACCAUGUCAGCUAUAAUGCCAAGCACGAACCGAAAUUCUAUAAACUACGUACGUAGCCAAACAAACUGCCAGCUACGUAGGCUAUAGCCUGCGAACCGCAGACGUAGUUCCGGUCGUCGCUUCUCUCCCACCGGGUGGAGAGAAGCGACGACUGGAAAUGUGCCUUUUGGCGGGUUGAGGCGGGUGGAGGAGGGGGUAUUAAUAAAGAUUCUUCAGCUUCGUGAACUUGAGCAGAUCAAAUGCUUUUAAGGUAAUGAAUAUCUAAAGGUGUCGAUAUUUAUAAAAGGUUCAAAUCAGGACAGAGGUACAUAACUGGCAAAAAGUGGCGAAGAACGGAGAUGAAGGUACAGAGUGUAGGGAGAAGAUUCUUGGUUUACUCAGCAAGUUUCGCGACGCACAGAGUCAACAAGAUAUACUGAUCGAAAAAGAAAAACUUCGCUUGGAUGCAUUUCGAAACUGUAUCAAUGAGGACACGACAAACCGGAUAAAAAAGCGAUUGACCUUCUUUCAAAAAUUGAACAGACAACACGAGGCUCUGCUGGAACACGUGCGGCAAGACAUUCAGGAAUGCAGAACAAUUUGCAAGAAGUUUAACGACUCAAGCGGAAGGUGAGUGGCAUCUAAAAAUUGAAGGCCUUGCCAACAAAAUUAAAAGCUGGUACAUUUACUUUAAACCCUACUAUUAUCUUUUGAACCGCCUGAAACCACCCUUGCGGAUCCUAGUGACACCUACCACUCGUGACAUCAUCAUUUUUUAAAACUUUCUAACCAUAUCCGAAUGAGCACCCUUCAAAUUCAGUCAAAUAGAUUGAAGAAAAACGCAUAAACUUCCUGUAAUAGUCUUUGACUUAUAUCGACGACAUGACCAGGGGGGAAGAGAAAUUUUGCUUUCUGUGCAUGUCCGACAAACUGUCCUUUUGCUUCAGCGAGUGCAGGCUAGUAAAUCACUCCUAGGAGGAAUGUUUAAGAGGACAAACAUAUCUUAUUCACAAAGGUAUUCAAGAGAAUUAAUUUCAAGUGGCAUGCUAAAAUAUCAGGCCAAAAGUUAAGAAUACUUUCUAGCCUCGAUUUUAAAAUCGUAUGCUUUUAUUUCUUUGAAGAUCAAAAGGAUUUGAGACUUGGAUUAAAUGUCCUGCCAGUCCGGCAUAUGACUAUGGAAGCAUUGGAAGUUUAUAAGGUAACGUGUGUUAACUCAUGUCGCCCCGUGCAAGGUAAUCAGGAUUCCUGAAUGCGAGACAUUUUUGCUUUUAGAAUCUGGAAUCCCGGAUUCGGUUCAAGGAAUUCGAAUCCCGCUAACGAUUGGAAUCCGGAAAUCAAGUUCCACUGACAAGGAAUCCCGUAUCCACAACGUGGAAUCCAGAAUCCAAGACUGUCUUGGAUUACCUUACAUUUGGUGACUCAUAUGCGGUAACCUAUAGCAAGCUGUCGCAUUUUUUGUGCCGCAUAAACAAUCAUACCGUGAACCGCACAUCACGCUUACUGCUCUGAGCUACCAUCAGCCAAGCCGUUGUAAGGUGUGCAGCUAGUUUCCGUAUGUUAUCAACAACAGUUCAGAAAGAUGACUUACAUUUCGUAUUAUAUCGGCAUACUCAUGGCAUUUUAAACACAGAUUUCUGCAGAUAAAUAAAGACAGUUCAUAACUAAAAGCUUGUUUUUAGCACGUAAAUGGAAUGGAAUGGGGAGGGAAUUUUCCUCUCUCUUUGUGAACCUGGAUAUGGUUCUUAGGAAUUCAAUUUUAGGAGGGUUCAUCAACAUUUGACAAAGUUAGUGAUUUGGGGUAAACACUAUGAAGAUUGAAAGAACGCGAAUUCACUUUCUCAGCGACGUUUUCGCUGCCGUCGCCAUCCUCGGAUCUUAAGGUCCCUAAUGGCAAAAAAAUCGACAUAUUGACUUGAAUUCAUUGUAUAUCCUGGUGUUGCUACAUAAAUUAAAGUAUUUUAUCUAAUUUAGUCUAGUUUCCUUUCAGGUACAAAAAGUGAACCUCCACCCUAGUAAUCCAUUCCAGGAGAUGAAAAGAGAAACGUUUCAAGCAUUUUUCAACGGACACGAAGUGCAGGACCUAUCAACUACCCUAACCUCAGUUAGAGCAAAAUGUCUUCAGCGCUAGCUCCAAAAUAACCAUAACAUCACUGCUGAAUUUGAAGUACAAAGCAGAGAGCGAUCUUAUAAAAAUGAGGGUUAUCAUGUUGAAUGUUUAUUUAAUCACCCAUGACGAAGACUUUCAUUGAAACUAAGUAUCUAAACGCAAUUAAGUAAAAAAGACAGACAGAAAGAGU